AUGCUUCUGUGCUGGGGCGGCAUCAAUUACGAGGAGCGAACGCAGCUGAUUUCCGAGAGUUUGCAGGAUUUGGUCGACGCCUUGGAGAAGAAGUCUUUGGACAAAGCUUUCGAGGUUUGGUCGUGUACCGACUCGCUGAUUGUCGUGCUUUGUUGGGCGCUGGUUUUGGCAGGUCGCUGGGCUUUGCUGUAUCUGGAGAUGGCAGAGGACGGCGCCGUGGAUCCCCUCAACUACUCGCUCGCCUUCCACGAGCUGGGGUUCUUCAUCUCCUCCGGGGUGGUCAUCAUCACCUGCUUUUGGCAGGUGCGGACGUCACAUGCCAUGACGCUCAUUGUGAAUUCCUGGGUGGAGCCUUUCCUCAGCAACAAGGUGAGCUGCGACCACCUGCGGUGCGAAUGGCGCGCAGUCAGCGGCCUCUUUCGGAAAACUUCGCGCACUUUUCAGCUUUGCUGCGCAAUGAUUGGCUUCACAUCAGUUCUGCUGAUUCUGUGCGUGCUAUACGACUUUCGAGAGGGCCAUGCGCUCCUUGCCCUGCCGACCAUUGCUCUGGGGCUAUGUCUCCCAGGAGUGCUGCUUGUCCAUGCAUCAACUACAACGGCCUGCAAGCGACUACCCUCGCUGGUAAUGCUGUGGGAACCCUCGGAGGACAGCAACGAACGAGACUACAUCGACUUGGCCUUGUUCGUUUCCAUGAGUGAGUGUGGCUUCUUCAUUUGGGACACCUGCUUGACCUUGGGUCUG